AUGAAGUGUCCCAAGAACCCGAGGAGAAUAAGUGUCAGCAAGCAUGCCAUCUCCCCAAACGAUACAGUUUACCCUGCAAAUCUUAGCAAGGCGCCGGAAGUUAUAGUAGGUUGGGAAAUAACUUUCGAUCCGACUAUUACAACGGCUACCUAUGCGGCUCUGACUGGUACUGAUGACACUCGGAGCCAGUCCAGUGAUCAUUCUAGCGGCGACGAUGAUCGACAACCUGCCCCGGUGCCCACACAGUCGAGGUAUGACCGGCGAGGACUGGACUUGCUGGAGGCGGGUGCUUUUUCGGCAUAUGAGUUUCAUAAGAAGAUUCCAGAAGGUCAUCGCGCUGAAGAGUACACAAGAGAGGUGACGAAGGCUAUCCAAAGGGUGAAUAGAGUCUAUGGGCAAAAGUAUAAUGAGAAAGCUGCUUUGCCACAAUCGUUUUCGGUAGCCAAGAAGGAUGAUGAGGGCUUGCAAUACAAGAAGAACGGAAGCAGACGACGUGCAUUGACUGGGCGUGAGGCUGCUGAUGCAGAGGACCAAACCUUACGUCGUCAAGUAAGGAAGGACGCGAAUGAGAAGAGGGAUAAUAAGAAAUUUGCGGAGCAGAAAAUCAGAGAGCCUUCUUCUUCAACUCACCAGCGGAGAAACGGUGUUUCCGAUUUCGACAACACUUUCUCUAACGCGGACGGCGACAGCGACGUUGAGUUUCUAGGCACACAGCCUAUCCAGGACCCUAGUCAGCCACCUUCUGAAGGCCGUAUCAACACCCCAAGUCCAUUACCGUCGAAAUCAUCCUUAAAGCAGUUCACUAAUAUCGACGAUUUCGAUGACUUUCCCCCUCUCUCACCAUCACCUCCUACAACAAGGGCUCCACCUCUUAUAUCAUGGCCCGAUCGACGUAGUCAGCAGCAAAGGCUUAUCAUACCGGACGAUCCAGAACCCACUCCGUCAGCAACCACCAGAGCCAGCCGAGGUGUAGCCUCGAAGUCAUUCAAGCAGGCUAGAUUGGAGUCUCAACAAGGCCAUGAAGCUAAGGCCAAAGUCGAAAAGCAGGCCAAGAAGGAGGCUGCUGUAGCGAGGAAGAGGGCAAAGGCCAUGAAGCCUCGGACGGAGGAUGUAUCACAGUUAGGGGAUGCAUUGGCUCGGCUGGGAUCCUCGCCGCCACCAACAGGAUAG